AUGUACCACACGUACCGAUGCCUGGUUCGUUUCCAGCCCUACGCAAUGGCCAUCCAAACGCGAUUUAAGUGGCGCCAUAAGGAGACGGACCGCUGGCGGCGGCUCAUGGACGCGACCUGCUUCCAGCUGGACUGGAUGGGGCAGACGCGGGGCCCGAAUUUCUCCCAGUACAGCGGACACUGGACGCACAUCCUGAGCUGCGCGCACGUGGUGUGCCCCUGGGAUUACCCCAAUUAUUACCCAACGACGGGCCCCACGCGCUUUGUCUCGCAUAUCACCCUGGCGGAUACGAUGACCCAGGUCCGGCUGGUGUCCCUUCAGGGCGUCGCCGUCCACAAGCACUUCACCUCUAACCAACACGUCUACCUCCACUCCAACCCCCGGCUCGACCUCUGCGUGGUCCACCCCGAGCAGAACCUCAAGCGCAGCGGGGAGAUGAAGAUGCUGUGGAUGCAAAACGAGGGCCUCGUGAUGCGUCCGAGGCUGGAGCUCAACGAGGCCCUGCGGAUUGGGGAUCACGUCUGGGUUUACGGGAUGGCCGCACACGAGUCACUUUUUGACGAGGAGAAUGGACCGGAGCCGCUGAUGAUUCCGACCGGGAUCCGAGCGCGGGUUCACGCCGUGACCCGGGAGCAUUUCUUCAUCGAUACCACUUCCAUCGAGGGGGCGGAUCGAGGACGGAUUCAGAUGGGAAUGUGCGGCUCCGUCGUCAUGCGAAACGGCAAGUGUGUUGGGAUGCUCACAGCGAUGGUGCACGAGGAAAGCAAUUGUGCGGAGCUCGCAGGGACCGCGAUGUGCACGUAUUCGAGCGAUAUCUUCGACUUCAUCCUAGAGGUCGAAAAGCAAAUGAAAAAUCCUCCACCUCGACAAACACCUGAGGAAACAGUAUUUGAAGCGCGUCGCCGUGAGGAGGGAAAGGAGCCCGAGACGUACAGAGAUUGGGAGCUGGACCAUAGCCGCAUAGCGCGGCACAUUCCGGUUCCCAUCUCACUCUGGCAUAUGGAAGAGAAGUGGAUGACGGAGGAGGAUUUUAUGACCUCCCAGGUCUUUGGCCGCAGUGGAGUGUUUAACCAGGAGACCCAAGAAUCGACCCUGGGCUAUGACAUGAACACGGCCAAGACGUACGGCGACCGCCCAGGGGAUAUCGCCACCUUCGAUACGACUUCAGCUACUGGUCGACCUGUAAUCUCCGGUGAACGAAAGGACUACAGCCCGACAGGUAUUUAUGCACCAGACGAAGAAUUUAAGAGACGCGAUGAGUGGGAUGUAAGCCUGAACGCUGAAGUACGAUCGCUCUUUGAUAAGGUGAUUGAUGAAAAGGAGAUCGAAAGUCUUAAUAUGUAUCGUAAGUCCCUUGAGAACAUCCGACUGCAGCGUGCGAUGGAGAGUAUGAAGGGCUCUGGAAUCAAGUACCCUGGCGGAAACACCGGGGAGGCCUCGGAGGGUGGCCUUGGCUCUAUGGGCCAUUUCAACGGUGACGCCGACAUGGGGCCUGCCAAUUUUAACCCGGCCUAUUUCAGCAGUGCCCAUGAGGCUGAGCGCCGGGAGGGAGGGAACACGCAGGAGAAAGCGCCCCCGGGGGCCUCCCAAUCUGAAACCACCACAACACCAGAAAGACAAGAGACUCCUCUGGAGAAGAAGAAACGCAAAAGGCGUGAGGAAGAGGCAAAACUCCAUGAAUUUCGACGUCAGCACGGCCAAAAAGCGACGCAUUUCCUCGAUGAAGAUUUUUCAGAUAUCUGGAAGUAG